AUGAGCGGGCUGGUGGGGGUCGUUGGUGGUUCUGUGGGCUGUGGACGGCUGGAUGGUGGACUGGGCGAUGGUCAGGUGCUGUGGUUGGACGUUGGAUGUUGGUGUGAGAUGGAUGUGGCUGUGGAGUGGGCUGGACAUGAGGUUAUGGGGUUUGUUGGUGGGUGGUGUGCUAGUGGUGAGUGUGUUGGUGAAGUGGACGGUGCUUGGAGUGGUGGUGUUGGGUCGCUAGCUGUUGAUGUGAGGAGACAGGAUGGGGGGCGUGUGGGUGGAGAUGGAGAUGAAAUGGUGGAUGCGCGAGUUGGUGGACGUGAGGGGAAUGGUGGCUGUGGAGAAAUGGAGUUAGUGGCAACAAGGUGGAGGAAGAAGCAGAACCAGAGAGGGAAGGGAAUGGGAUGGGGGAGAUGA